AUGCUUUUUCUCGCACCUGAAGUUCAAGUCGAUGUUUUGAAAUGUCUUGAUUUCGAGCAAUUAUUUUCUUUUAAACAAACUAAUUUUUACUUUCGAAAUUUAAUUAAUAAAUAUGAAGGAGGAUUAGCUCGAAUGGAGGUUUUUGAACUCUCAUUGAUUGACGCCAAAAGUAUCGAUAGUCCGGAUAGAUCCAAUGUAUUCAUUCAACUUGAACCUGUAGUUUCUGAGUUUUGGGAAACAGCGUUGGAUAAAUCUAUUCCUUUGUUUUUACAUGCGGUUAAAGAUGGUAGUGAAUGCUUUGCUGUUCAACUGAAGAAAAAAGAUAAAAAGCCUCGUUAUAUUCUCAAAUUGCCAAACAUUCCAAAAACUAUAGAAGAAAUGGUUGUUAUUCGAUUUUGGUUGGAGCAACUUUUUAACUGUGCUUUUAAAGAAGCCGAGUUUGGAAAUGUUAUAUUUAAUUCAGAAAUGAUUAAUUUAUUAUUUAAUAACGACAAAACAAUGCCCAAACAAUUUCACGUUGGAAAAUCCACUAUACAAACUAAAGAUGAAAAAUUUCAAGAUUUUUUGAAUUUUGGUUUAACCCGUUUCGCAGUUUAUGAGUUAUUCUCUUUUUUUGAUAAGAGCGACAUUCCAGAGCAAUAUACUGAUAUUUUAUUCAAUAUUAUAAUAAAUGAAGGCAGCAAAUUUCCUCAUGUUUGUCUUGGUGUUUUCAAGUCUUCAAAGCUUUAUGAUCGUAUUAUUGAAGUAAGUUCAGGAUACUCCACACCCCAAAGUUGGAAGUUAGUGUUGGACCCCGCCCUUUGGGAUCAAGGAUCUCGGUUCAACAAAAUCAUUCAGAUUCGGGGCUGA